AUGCUCUUGAAGGAGUUCACAGGUCAUUCAGACUAUGUCCUUUCUGUUGCUUUCUCACCUGAUGGUACACGAGCUGCCUCGGGCUCCAGCGAUAGAACGAUCCGAGUUUGGGACGCCGAAAGUGGGCAAGUUAUUUUCGGCCCAUUUGAAGGACAUACAGACUGGGUGUCGUCUGUUGCUUUCUCACCCGAAGGGACGCGCUUUGUCUCGGGGUCCAACGAUAGGACAAUUCGAAUCUGGGACAUUGAGAGCGGACAGGUCAUUUCUGGGCCAUUUAAAGGACACGAAAGCUGCGUCUUGUCGGUUGCUUUCUCGCCGGAUGGGAUGCAUGUUUCCUCUGGCUCGGCCGACAUGACAGUCAUGGUCUGGGACACUGAAGGCGGACUUCCAUCCUUGUGUGGCCCUUUCGAAGGUCAUGCAGGCCGUAUCGUGUCAGUUUCUAUCUCUCGUGACGGACUACACAUCGCUUCGGGCUCUGCAGAUAGGACUAUCAGAAUCUGGGACUCUGAGAAUGGGCAAUGCAUUUCUGAGUCUUUCAGAGGCCAUACAACUAAAGUAAAUGCUGUCUCUUUUUCGCCAGUCAGCACGCGUCUCGUCUCUGGUUCCGAUGAUGGGACAGUUCGAAUCUGGGAUGCUGAGACUGAGCAGGUCGUUUCCGGUCCCUUCAAAGGGCAAACUGGGAGAGUAACAUCCGUUGCAUUCUCGCCUAGAUUCUCUCACAUUCUCGCCCGUGUUGCUUCUGGCUCACGUGAUAACACGCUCCGAAUCUGGCACUUUGCAACUGGGCGGGCUGUCUCCGUGCCCUUCAAAGGGCAUAGAGGGGCAAUCCGAUCCGUCGCCUUCUCGCCUGACGGAAGGCAUGUUGCCUCUGGCUCUUCUGAUCGAACAAUCCAGGUUUGGGAUGCUGCAAAUGGUGAGGCGGUUUCUGGACCUUUCAAAGGACAUGAGGGAGCUGUCCUGUCUAUCUCCUUCUCCCCAGAUGGAGCUCGCAUCCUGUCCGGAUCCGAUGACAAAACACUCCGAAUAUGGAACAUUGAGGUUGGACAGAUGAUUUUAGGUCCUCUCAGAAAGCACGAGGGCAGUGUUUUCUGUGCUGCUUUCUCACCUAAUGGAAGACAAGUUGUCUCUGGCUCCGCCGACAAUACGAUUGUGGUCUGGGACACUGAAAGAGGCGAAGCAGUUUCUGGCCCCUUAAAGGGACACACAUUUUGGGUUUUGUCAGUAGCUUUCUUGCCUGAUGGCAUGCACCUUAUCUCUGGUUCUGCCGAUAGGACCAUCUUGAUCUGGCACGUUGGGAACGGACACGUAGUUUCCGGACCUUUCGAAGGACACGAAGGAGCAAUCCAGUCCGUCUCGUUCUCUCCAGAUGGGACACGCCUUGUAUCCGGCUCGAACGACAAAACGCUCCGAUUAUGGGAUGUUGAAACCGGACGAGAGAUUUCCACGCCUUUGAAAGGUCACGAGGGCCGUGUUAACUCAGUUGCUUUCUCGCCUGAUGGGAGAUACAUUGUCUCUGGAUCUUCGGAUAGGGCAAUCAUAAUUUGGGAUGCCACCACUGGCCCACCAGCGGCAAAGUCACCUUUCGAUUUGGACCCAUAA